AUGGGCGCCGCCGCGUGGGCAUCGUCGCCCCUGCUGGUGCGCGUGUCUCUCCUGCUGCUGAUUCUGCCGCUCCCGGGGCUGCCCGCAGGCUCCUGGGACCCGGCCGGUUACCUGCUCUACUGCCCAUGCAUGGGGCGCUUCGGGAACCAGGCUGAUCACUUCUUGGGCUCCCUGGCUUUUGCAAAGCUGUUGAACCGCACCUUGGCUGUACCCCCUUGGAUUGAGUACCAGCAUCACAGGCCUCCCUUCACCAAUCUCCAUGUGGCCUACCAGAAGUACUUCAAGCUGGAGCCCCUCCAGGCUUACCAUCGCAUUAUCAGCCUGGAGGACUUCAUGGAGAAGCUGGCACCCACUCACUGGCCCCCUGAGAGGCGGGUGGCAUACUGCUUCGAGGUGGCAGCCCAGAGAAGCCCCGAUAAGAAGACAUGCCCCAUGAAGGAAGGAAAUCCCUUUGGCCCAUUUUGGGAUCAGUUUCAUGUGAGUUUCAACAAGUCUGAGCUUUUUUCUGGCAUUUCCUUCAGUGCCUCCUACAAAGACCAGUGGAUCCAAAGAUUUUCUGCAAAGGAACAUCCAGUGCUGGCCCUGCCAGGGGCCCCGGCCCAGUUCCCUGUCCUGGAGGAGCACAGGCCACUCCAGAAAUACAUGGUGUGGUCAGAUGAGAUGGUGAGGACGGGAGAGGCCCACAUCCGCACCCACCUCAUCCGACCCUACGUGGGCAUUCAUCUGCGCAUUGGCUCUGACUGGAAGAAUGCCUGCGCCAUGCUGAAGGAUGGGACUGCGGGCUCGCAUUUCAUGGCCUCCCCACAGUGCGUGGGCUACAGCCGCAGCACGGCUGCCCCUCUCACCGUGACCAUGUGCUUCCCUGACCUGAAGGAAAUCAGACGGGCUGUGAAGCUCUGGGUGGACACGCUGAAUGCCCAGUCGGUCUACAUCGCCACGGAUUCCGAGAGUUACAUGCCCGAGAUCCAAGAGCUCUUUAAAGAGAAGGUAAAAGUGGUAAGCCUGAAGCCUGAAGUGGCCCAGAUCGACCUGUACAUCCUUGGCCAAGCUGACCACUUUAUUGGCAACUGUGUCUCCUCCUUCACUGCCUUUGUGAAGCGGGAACGGGACCUCCAGGGGAAGCCAUCCUCUUUCUUCGGCAUGGACAAGCCCCCUCAGCUGCGGGAUGAGUUCUGAUCCUGGCUGGAGGACAUAACCAGUCUGAGCUGGUCCCGCUUGCCAGGCCUCACAGCCAGCAGUGCUCCCAGCACUGAUUCCCAAGAGUACAAGCUCUUCUGCUCUCCUGCCAGAGACAGAAAAGCACCCAGGACUUCUGGAGGAGGACUCCAUCUCCCAGGGCACAGGGCUUUCAGGUUUCUGGAGCCAGAGCAUCUCUACUCCCCGUGUGCCUCCUGCUGUUUCUCCUGGGAAUUUCGCACACUGGCAAAGCAGUCCAACCUCUGUCUUUUGGUCUGCCCUGCUCUGAACAGCCUGGGGGGGCUAAUCUCUUCAGUGAUUUUUUUAUAGAGAGAGCAACAGAGAUUUUUAUAGUUUUAAUAUGAGAUCAUGAUUACCCAAGAACUCUCCCUCAUUUUUAAAAAUCAGUGAAGUUCAUUAACGUAGAUACCUAAAGUGACCUUGAAUGAGUAUGAAGCCAGGGGUGGAGUGGUUGUAUUGAUCCUUUUUCCAAAUGACCCAAAGUAGCCCUUAGACCAGGCCAGAGCCACCCCUACUGCUUGGCCAGAGCCAUUGUCAACCCAUCUUCCGAGGCCAUUUCCAGGGUUUGGGGCAUGAGCGCGCAUCUCCAUUGUGAACACUAUGCAAAUGGAAGUUAUCGAUCAGGCUGCUGUGCAGUGCUGUGCAGACACAGUGCUGCUCACACACCAUGUUCCAAGCAAGGAGCAAGUGCCAUCGAGCCAGACCAUCAUGGUGUUGCUGUCAGAGUCUCCUAGUGAUUGGUGCCUGCCACAAACCUGGCUCCAUCGAGAUCUUGGAGCACCCAGGGGCCAGGGCUGGUUGGCCUGGCUGGAUGGCCUGGCAGCAUCCUUCUGAAGCCUGCCUCUCCCCUUUUAUCUGUCUUCCACAGGGCCUGGUUGUAGAAUUUUGCCAUUAAGUUGCUAUCCAAGACCUGUCCAUUGAGCCUCCCUCCUGGGGCUGGAGCCCUCAGGCUGUAUUCUCACCAGGGCCUGUUGGCUAAGCCUCUGACCAGGCGGGAGAUGCCCCUGACCCAGAAGCCAUCAGAUUCCCAGUCUGCCCCUUCCCAUCCAGGGGAAUCUCUGCCAACCCCAUGAGGCUUAAGGUAUUAAGUUGUGAGUUUCUCUGUUUCUCAGGUGCCGGAGUUGUGAUAAUCUAUGACUCCCAAGACUGUGUGGUGUUUUGGCCUUGUGGUUCUAAAAUUCACGCCUAACACCUGCUGGUCUCUUCCUCACCACGUGACUUCCCUUGGCCUUCAGUCCUA